GAAGAAAGAACCAGAGGCGCGCUGGGCGUGUGGCUGAGCGGCCAUGGCAGCUCCGGAGCCGCUGUCCCCCGCGGGCGGCGCGGGCGAGGAGGCGCCAGACGAGGACGAGGACGAGGCGGAGGCCGAGGACUCUGAGCGGCCGGGGGCAUCGGGUGGCGCGCGCAGCGGCGGCGGAGGCGGCGGCGGUGGCGGCGGGGCCGGGCCAGGGAGCUGCGGCGGGCCGGGGGGCGCGCUCACCAGGCGCGCCGUCACGCUGCGGGUCCUCCUCAAAGACGCGCUGCUGGAGCCCGGCGCCGGGGUGCUGUCCAUCUACUAUCUGGGGAAGAAGUUCGUGGGAGACCUGCAGCCCGAUGGGAGGAUUGUGUGGCAGGAAACCGGCCAGGUGUUCAACUCACCCAGCGCCUGGGCCACCCAUUGCAAGAAGCUGGUGAACCCGGCCAAGAAGUCUGGCUGUGGCUGGGCCUCUGUCAAGUACAAGGGCCAGAAACUGGACAAGUACAAGGCUGCCUGGCUCCGGCGAAACCAGCUCCAUAUACCUGCAGCUGCCGCCGAUGAGUGGGCACCUGGGGCAACGACAGGAACCGAAGGCUCAGGCCAGCCAGAGGUCUCUUUGGAACUUGCCGGGAGGGUAGGGAGCAGCCAGCUGAAAGUCCCGUCGCUGUCCCCCCAACCCCGACCCCGCCAGAGCCCGGCCAGCGAAGGAGAGGAGGAGGAGCUAAUGAUGGAGGAAGAGGAGGAGGAGGUUCUGACAGGAGCCUCAGCGGAGGACAAGAGUCGGAGACCAGCUGUGAAGGGCCCCUCGGAGCCUGUCCACCCUGAGGCCACGCCCCCAGGGAAAAGGGUGGAAAACAAGAUCCGGGUACCUGUGCGCUACUGCAUGCUGGGUAGUCGAGACUCUGCCAGGAACCCGCACACCCUGGUGGAAGUAACAUCCUUCGCAGCUAUCAACAAGUUCCAGCCGUUCAACGUGGCCAUCUCUAGCAACGUGCUGUUCCUGCUGGACUUCCACAGCCACCUGACCCGCAGCCAGGUCGUGGGGUACCUGGGCGGCCGCUGGGACAUCAACAGUCAGAGUGGGUAUUUGGGGCCUGUGGGCAGGGGGGUGUUUGGGGCUGGGGUCGAUGUCCAUGCCUUCUCCCGCCUCCGCGCAGUGCUCACGGUGCUGAGAGCCUUCCCCUGUCGGAGCCGGCUGGGGGACGCGGAUACCGCGGCCGCCAUGGAAGAGGAGAUUUACCAGAGCCUGCUCCUGCGGGGCCUGUCGCUGGUGGGCUGGUACCAUAGCCACCCGUACAGCCCGGCGCUGCCGUCGCUGCAGGACAUCGAGGCGCAGAUGGACUACCAGCUGCGGCUGCAGGGCUCCAGCAACGGCUUCCAGCCGUGCCUCGCCCUGCUCUGCUCCCCUUACUACUCUGGUAACCCGGGCCCAGAGUCCAAGAUCUCGCCCUUCUGGGUGAUGCCGCCCCCUGAGCAAAGGCCCAGUGACUAUGGCAUCCCCAUGGACGUGGAAAUGGCCUACGUCCAGGAUGGCUUCCUGACUAAUGACGUCCUUCAUGAGAUGAUGCUGCUGGUGGAGUUCUACAAGGGCGCCCCUGACCUCGUCAGGUUCCAGGAGCCUUGGAACCAGGAGCACACCUACCUCGACAAGCUCAAGAUCUCCCUGGCCAGCAGGACGCCCAAGGACCAGGGCCUGUGCCACGUGCUGGAGCAGGUUUACAGCGUCCUCAAGCAGGAGAGCUGAGAGCACCAGCCUCCGAGGACCGGGGAGGCCUUUGCUCAGACGUGGCUCCCCGAGGCUCUGCAUGAGGGGAAUGCGCCCAGGGCCUUUGUGCUGCUUUGUUCCUGUGUGACAGGUGUGUGACGGCAGGGGCUCAGAUAAUAAAGGAGAAACAGCC